GCUCAAAACAAACACCUACUCAACCACCACUAGAUAAGAAAAACAAAUACAGACACAACACAACAUAACUCAGUGAGUCACUUGCUCAAAAUUUUACAGACAUGGCCUCUUCAACCUCUGCAUUCACAACCAACAUUCAUUGUCUCAACACCACUACCAAACCCCACUCUCGGCUACUACCCAGAGCUUCCCUCAACAACAGCAACACUAGCCAUAGCUUGAAUCGCAGGCAACUCACUGUUACACUGCCUUUACUAUCCCCACUCAUGUUCCGACACAACCAGCCUGCAUUUGCCGAGGAAACUCUGUCUGACUGGGAGAGAGUUUACCUCUCCAUAGACCCUGGAGUUGUGCUUCUUGAUAUUGCAUUUGUCCCUGAGGACACCAACCAUGGUUUCUUGUUGGGUACCAGGCAAACGCUGCUGGAGACAAAAGAUGGUGGGAACACUUGGUUUUCGCGGUCGAUUUCGUCUGCUGAGGAUGAGGAUUUUAACUACAGAUUCAAUUCUAUUAGCUUUCAUGGGAAAGAAGGUUGGAUUGUUGGGAAACCUUCCAUUUUGUUGUAUACUAAUGAUGCUGGUGAUACUUGGCAGAGAAUUCCUCUCAGUGCUGAACUCCCUGGAGAUAUUGUAUUUAUAAAAGGAACUGGAGAAAAAAGUGCUGAGAUGGUGACUGAUGAAGGUGCAAUUUAUAUCACAUCAAAUGGGGGAUACAAUUGGAAGGCUGCUGUCCAAGAGACUGUUUCAGCAACUUUAAAUAGAACAGUAUCUAGUGGUAUUAGUGGUGCAAGUUACUACACCGGGACUUUUAAUGCCGUGAAUCGGUCCCCGGAUGGAAACUAUGUUGCUGUCUCAAGCCGUGGUAACUUCUAUUUGACAUGGCAACCUGGCCAGCCGUACUGGCAGCCACAUAACAGAGCAGUGGCAAGACGAAUUCAGAACAUGGGAUGGAGAGCUGAUGGUGGUUUGUGGCUUCUUGUCCGAGGAGGGGGGCUUUAUCUCAGUAAAGGGACCGGAAUAACUGAAGAAUUUGAAGAAAUUUCACUGCAAAGUCGGGGUUUCGGAAUUCUAGAUGUUGGUUACCGUUCAAAGGAUGAGGCUUGGGCCGCAGGGGGUAGCGGGAUUCUGUUGAGAACUACCAACGGUGGAAAAACAUGGAUUCGCGAUAAAGCUGCUGACAAUAUUGCAGCCAAUCUUUACUCAGUGAAGUUUAUUAAUGAUACUAAGGGAUUUGUGCUUGGAAAUGACGGAGUCUUGCUUCGAUAUCUUGGGUAGAAGUGCAAUUUUCCGAUAGUAAUAAUAAUUUUCAUACUGCUGAGCUUACGAUUUAGGAAGUUGUUAUGAACGCUCAAAUGGGGAACUUUUGAAAUUUGUUGCUUGCAGGCCUUGUCAAUUAUGUAGAAAUUUAGUGUGCUUUGAAGAGAGGUAUGAAGAUUCUUGUAUGUCACAUUGAAAUUGUAUCUGAAUGUUGCAACUCCAUUGAGUUUCAUAAAUGUCUUACACAAAUGUUAAUUAUACAAAAUAAUAUUUCAUAUUUGAUCUAUGUAAAUUCUAUUUUGCACA